AUGACCGCCGAGAGCCCCCCGGCGUCGUCGGCGUGCGCGCCGAGCCAUGGCGAGGCCGAGGCCGGGCCUCCGUCGAGGCUGCUGCCCGCCUUGGUCAAGCUGGAAGCCGCGCCCGCCGCCGUUGACCCUUUGGAGGCCGAGCCGUCGGAAGAGGAGGCGGCCCCGGCGGGGGGCCUGCGGCCUGCGGGGCGCCGCAGGAAGCGGCCGGUGCAGCGCGGGAAGCCGCCCUACAGCUACAUCGCGCUCAUCGCCAUGGCCAUCGCGCACGCCCCCGAGCGCCGCCUGACGCUGGGCGGCAUCUACCGCUUCAUCACCGAGCGCUUCCCCUUCUACCGCGACGGGUCCCGCAAGUGGCAGAACAGCAUCCGCCACAACCUGACCCUCAACGACUGCUUCGUCAAGGUGCCCCGCGAGCCCGGGCGGCCGGGCAAAGGCAGCUACUGGACCCUCGACCCCCACGCCCGCGACAUGUUCGAGAGCGGCAGCUUCCUGCGGCGCCGCAAGCGCUUCAAGCGCAGCGACCUCUCCACCUAUCCGGCCUACAUGCACGAGGCGCCGGGCCAGGCCGUCGGGCCUCCCCUGGGCGCCGCUUACGCGCCUCCCGCCGCCCUCUGCUACCAGUCCGCGCCGCCUCUCUUCGGCCUGAGCACCCUCAUGGCUCAGCCCAGCCCAGAGCUGGCCCAGCAGCAGCACCAGAACUCGGACGUCACCCCUCCUCCUGGCAGUAACUGCUCCUUCCCUGGCCCUGCGGCCUACUCCAGCCAAGGCUGUCCUGCUGGGCCGGGCCUUACCAGGCCUCACAACGCCGUGCCUUACUCCUACCAGCUCCCCACUACCCAGCAGCUUCAGGUGAACCAAGGCGCCUACCCUCAGACCAGCGGCAGCCACCUCUUUGGCACCUCAGCCCGCCUGGCCAUGCCAACUUCGCCCUCGCUUGGGAAUGACCCGAUGGACUUCUACGGCAGGAUGUCUCCCAGCUCCUAUGGCUCCUUGGCUCACGGGUACAACGCUGGCGGGCAGUUUGGCAGCCCCGGGGCCUACCUGCGGCAUGCCGCUUAUUCCAGCAACGUGGAAAGAUUUGUGUCCGCCAUUUGAAGGCAAGGGGGAUCAGGGAACAUUGGGGUGCCAAU